GUCUCCCCCCGCCCACUGUCGCAGGCGCUGAUGGUCUUUGAGGACGUGGCCGUGUACUUCUCCCGGGAAGAGUGGGGGCUCUUGGACUCAGCCCAGAGGGCCUUGUACCGCCAGGUGAUGCUGGAGAACUUCGCCCUGGUGGCCUCGCUGGGACUCUCUGCCUCCCGACCUCGGGUAGUCCUCCAGCUCGAGCGCGGUGAGGAGCCCUGGGUUCUCAGUGGCCUGGAGGUGGCCCUGGCCAGGGACGCCCCGAGGAGGCCCAGCCCUGGUUCCCAGCGCCCGGCAGAGGACAGAGCUGUUUCUGGGGAAGCAGCGUGGACCUUCCCGGAAAGGCCGCCCCUGACACCUCCCGGGGUCCCCCCCACCGCUGCCGCCUGCGAGCCGGGAGAUCGCCUGGAGGGGCGUCGGGGCCGCUCCUCGUCUGGGGAGAGAAAGCCCACGGGGGUCUCCGUGAUCUACUGGGAGCGGCUCCUGCUGGGCCCAGGCAGCGGGGAGGCCGGUGUGAGCCUGCGGCUGACCCCCCAGCUUCGGGCGCCCGCGGGCAGCGCACCCACCGGGGCCGCUUUCACCGACCUCGUCCAGCCAGGCGCUCAGCCUCGGGAGCCCCCGGGGAGGACCUUCCAGAGUGUCCCCGGCCUCGGGGCCGGCCACCCCGCGGGGCAGCUAGGCCUGGGGGCAGCUUGGCACGAGCCUCGGACACUCCUCGCCGCCGCCGGCCAGGAGCCCGCGCCCUGGGCGGAGCUGGGCGAGGCCCUGCACGCGGCGGGCCCCGGCCUCCUGCCCGGAGAGAAGACCUUCGAGUGCCGGGCCUGCAGCAAAGUCUUCGUCAAGAGCUCGGACCUGCUCAAGCACCUGCGCACGCACACGGGCGAGCGGCCCUACGAGUGCGCGCAGUGCGGCAAGGCCUUCAGCCAGACCUCGCACCUGACGCAGCACCAGCGCAUCCACAGCGGCGAGACGCCCUACGCCUGCCCGGCCUGCGGCAAGGCCUUCCGCCACAGCUCCUCGCUGGUGCGGCACCAGCGCAUCCACACGGCCGAGAAGGCCUUCCGCUGCGCCGACUGCGGCAAGGCCUUCAGCCACGGCUCCAACCUCAGCCAGCACCGCAAGAUCCACGCGGGCGGCCGGCCCUACGCCUGCGCGCGCUGCGGCCGGCGCUUCUGCCGCAACUCGCACCUCAUCCAGCACGAGCGCACGCACACGGGCGAGAAGCCGUACGCCUGCGCGCUGUGCGGGGCCGCCUUCAGCCAGGGCUCCUCGCUCUUCAAGCACCAGCGUGUGCACACGGGCGAGAAGCCCUUCACCUGCGCGCAGUGCGGCCGCGCCUUCAGCCACAGCUCCAACCUCACGCAGCACCAGCUGCUGCACACGGGCGAGCGGCCCUUCCGCUGCGCCGACUGCGGCAAGGCCUUCGCCAAGGGCGCCGUGCUGCUCAGCCACCGGCGCAUCCACACGGGCGAGAAGCCCUUCGUGUGCGCGCAGUGCGGCCGCGCCUUCCGCGAGCGGCCGGCCCUUGAGGACAUAAAGGCUCCUGAAGCCUUGACUUUGGUAACAGGCCAGGCCAGUGCUGAGGCCGGGCUGUGA